AUGGCCUUCAGGGGGCCUGAACCCUGGGUUCCUGCAUCCCUGCAAUACCAGAGGCUGAAGGCCGAGGAGAAGGAGCUGGAUCUGGAGUUCGAAGUCUUGAGUGUGGGGUUUAAUGAGGAGGGCAGAUAUGCCCUGAGGCUUACAGCUGAGAACCCCCUGCAGGCCGGCUCUGGGGCUGGGGUACUGUUGCAGGUAAAUGAUGGGGACCCCCUCCCUACCUGCUCUGCUGUCACCGAUGUCAUUGAGCAGCAGGAUCCUGGCCAGAACCUCGCCCUUACCGGGAACAAGUUUGUCUUUACUCUGCCCAAAGGGUUCUGCAAGAACGACUGGCAGCACGACGCGCAGCUGCGCGUCGAGGCGCUGCGACUGGGCGGGGCCUCGGGACACUCCGCCCAGCGAGUGGGCGAGGCCAUCUUCCCGGUCUUCCCGCCGGACCAGCCCCGCAUGAACCUGUGGGCGCGGGAGCACGAGGACCUGUACCACUACUGCGGCAGCCUGGCCCUGCUGCGUGCCAGCGCGGACCCCACGGCCCGCCACUGCGGGGGCUUGACCUACAGCGUGGCCUUCCGCGAGCACCGGGCCCCUCAGCCUCUAGCCCCAAACUGCCCUCCGGGGGCCGGCCAGCCAGGACCCGUAUCAUGACCCGAGCCGAAGUCGGACGCUCAAUCGACUGAGCCACCCAGAGCACACCUCUCGCCAAGUCAGAAAUCCACAUUGUUGUGUGAAAUUAACUCAGCCUCCAACUUGGCCAGCUGUCCUCUUCUCCCAGGGGCCUCCCCGUGGGGACCCACUCUCUAUAUGGAAACCACAUCUGAGGAUGUGAAGGACCAGAAUGCCAAAGCAGUCACGUCUGUGACCACAGAGCCCACCAUAGCCCCCAUCUGGGGGGACACGGUCAAAGUGGAGCUCCAAACUGAGGAUGCGGGACAAGAGGAUAUCGUCCUCAAGGUGAUGGACAAUAAAAAUAAAGAGGAGCUAUUGUCCUAUCAAAUCCCCAUCAAAUACCUGAGUCUCUUCCACCCCUACCACUUUGAGCUGGUGAAGCCCACCCAGUCUGGGAAAGCUGAGGAAGCCACUGCCAAGACCCAACUGUAUGUGACCAUCGUUCGGAAAGGCAGUUUCUUCCACCGCGACAUCGGCAGCAACCACACUGCUCUGGAGGUCUUUCUCCGGGGAAUCAACGAGGCCCUGGUCAACAACUCUGACCCCAUGGUGGUCAUUGCCAGGGUGGUUCCCAACUACAGUGAUUUUAAGGUCAAUCAAAUGAAGCAGGACCCAGCCUUCGUGGGGCUGCCCAUCACCCCACUCCCCUUCCCAAUCCCGUCUCUUCUGCACUUGGAUGUUCCUCAGGUCAGCCAGAACGGGUGUCCUCAGCUGUCCAAGCCUGGGGGACCCCCGGAGCUGCCCUCAUGGAAUCAGUCCUUCCUCUUCCAAGGCCGAGACGGAGCCACCAACUUCUCGGAAGACACAGCCCUGGUGCUGGAGUUCUACCCCUCGACUUCCAUGAAAGGCAGUGAGCCGUGGACCCUCAGCAAGCCCCUGGGCAUCUCCGUGUUGCCGCUAAAGAACCGUUUGUACCGCAAGAUGCUGACAGGGAAAGGUCUGAAUGGGCUGCACGUGGAGAGGCUCCCCAUCACCGACACCAAGCUGAAAACCAUAAAUGGUGAGGCCCCCACAGUGGAUAUCUCCUUCCAGCUGCUUUCCUCUGAGAAGCCAGAAAACUUCUUGACACCAAACAACAGCAAGGUUCUGCCCAUCCUAGACCCCAAGGUCUUAGAUGAGAAGCUGGGUACCAUCCAUGCGUCCAACACCCUGGUGAGCUCUACAAUGGACUGUAGCACAUCCGCCUCUCAGGAAGCAGAGGAAGAACCUCUGGUGCCCAAGAUAUCCCACGAAAUGGAGGUGAAUAACUACCGGCGGGCCAUGCAGAAGAUGGCAGAGGACAUCCUGUCGCUGCGGAAGCAGAUCAGCAUCCUGGAGGCAGAGAACCACACGCUGAGGAGCCAGCUAACCCAGGGGGAGGUGGAAGAGGAGCAGAACGACACCAACAAGAGCCAGAAUCUGGUGUCCAUGAAGCAGAAACUGCUGCUGAGUGAGCUGGACAUGAAGAAGCUGUGGGACAAAGUGCAGCAUUUGCAGAAUGAGCUGAUUCGAAAGAAUGAUCGAGAGAAGGAGCUACUACUCCUGCACCAGGCUCAGCAGCCACAGGCCGCACUGCUGAAGCGGUACCAGGACAAGCUGCGGAAGACGAAACUGCUGGAGGAGACUGUGCGGCACCAGGAGAAGGUGAUCGAGAAGAUGGAACGGGUGCUGGAGGACAAGCUGCGGGACAGGAAGGAGCCCCUGCUCACCAGGCUGCAGGGAAAGCCCAGCGUGGCCUUCCCUGUGCUCUCAGCCUCUGGCCUUCCCCCGGGGCCCGCAAGAGAGAACCUGCCCGUCGACCUGUACUCCGCGCUGCUGGCAGAAAACUCCAGGCUGCGGGCAGAGCUGGAUAAGAACCGCCACCAGUCGGCCCCCAUCAUCCUGCAGCAGCAGGCCCUGCCGGAUCUCCUUGGCAAUACUUCAGACAAGUUCAACCUUCUGGCCAAGCUGGAACGAGCUCAGAGCCGGAUCCUAUCCCUGGAAAGCCAGUUAGAGGACUCGGCUCGACGCUGGGGACGAGAGAAGCAGGACUUGGCCACAAGGCUACAGGAGCAAGAGUACGGCUUGGCACAACCCUCAAACUCCAUCAUCACUGACCUGCCUCACUACUCAGCCCUCUCCAAGGACAGCAGGCGACCCUCAAAGCUGGACCCCUUGGCGCCCAGCUCAGAGACCAAGCUCAACAAGCCCUCGAACUCCCAGAAGACCUGA